CACUGGGGAGAGCUAAAAGGGGGACUGCUCUUACGCGCCUUGGGUGUGUCAAUGGACGUCACGGAAGUCCGCUAUCCGGUGGCUGCACUGUGGGAACUGUAUAUAUCCGCGCCACUAUCCAAAACGAUGGGAAAAAGUUGCACUGGAGUUCAAGCGUGGUGUCCUGUUGCGUGAUCUCCCGCAGCUAUCCUCAGGAAACCAACCAUCUCCAUUCACUGACCAUCAGUGCGCUGAGUUACUCUGGAGGGGCAAACACAUCAGCAGGAAUAAAACUCCUUCCAUCAUUUACAUUUGAAACCUCGCUCGCUGCUCGGGAGUCACCAGAGAUGAUGAACCUUAUCCUCAUCUGCCUGCUAUGUGGAUUGUAUGGAGUGCUUGCAAAAGACAAGGCUCAGAAGGGGAAGUACAGCGUCCCGAUUCUAGAUGUGAAAACCCGGCAGCUGGUCCUCGACACCAACCAGACGCUACUGCUCAGCUGCAGGGGUCGCUGGGAGCUGGCGUGGGCCUUCCCCUCAGGUCUGCUUCGAGGCGAGGUGCAGGUGGAGGAGUUUCGCUGUGGGAGGACGGGGAAGCUGUUCUGCAGCCGUCUGACGGUGAGCAGCACCGAGACCCAGCACACCGGCCUGCUCCGCUGCAGGUACCGGCACCGGACCCGCAGGCAGACCUCCAUCUACCUUUAUGUCACAGACAGCCAGCAGCCAUUUGUGGACCACCCUGAUAUGAGCCCAGAUGUGUUGUACAUGAAGGACAAGCAGCCGCUGGACAUCCCCUGCAGGGUCACACACCCCAACAUCACCACCACGCUGGUCAAGUACCCAAACCUCAGCUUGAGUCCAGACCACAGGGUCAUUUUAUGGAACAGCAAGAAAGGCUUCACCAUCCGAACCCCCACCUUCUACUACAUCGGCCUCUUCUACUGCCAGACCGUCACUGAGGGCGUCACACACGUGUCCCGUAAAUACUUCAUAUACAGACCAGGUGAGGAGCAGUGCAUGGAUUCACUUUGGAUUCAAACUCAUAUGUGUUGGUCUUUCUUUUCUGAAAGGUUGAAGGACGGCAUGGUGGCAGCGGAGCAAUGCUCCAGAUACCACAUGGACGGGACCUCUCUGGUGAUCCGGGACGUGGCAGAGGAGGAUGCUGGGAAAUACACUGUCCUGGUACGAAUCCUGGAACAUGGACUCUACCAAAAUCUCACCCUCACACUUGUGGUCAACGUGAGUCCUCAGAUAGGGGAGAAGGCGGUAUCGUUGCAGGACCCCGGCUCGGUGCCCAGAGGGAGCAGAACAGCGCUCCACUGCACGUCUCACGGAGUCCCGCCUCCACACAUCCAGUGGCUCUGGCACCCCUGCCCGUCAAAAGGCCUCCCGGCUGCACCACGAGCCUGACGCUGCGCUGGAGGAGGCCCAGGGACAGUGGACCAGGCUGGGCCAGGCUGAUGGGGGGCCUCGCGCCUGGAUCCUGGGCCCACCUCCUGGGUCUGGCCCUGGGAACCGCAGCAGUCUUAUCUGGCCCUGGCAGGAGGCGCACUGGGCUUCCUGUGCGAAAAUCAGAGCGCUUUUCCUCUCGUUGUUUGGCUUCCUCUCCGACGCGAGACGCUUCCCAGCAGCGUGAUUGUCCCUUCGUCUUCAAACGUGGCACAGUCCGCUUCCUCAAGAGCUUGAUCUAUUCUUGAGAGACCCCCCCACACACACCCCUUCCCCCAACUCUUCUGCCCCCCACACAUACCUCUCCAAACCCCUUCCCUCACCAACUCUGCCCUCCACCCCAACCAGGCAUCAAGAACAACUCCCCAUCGCCUCCCCCCCUGGA